AUGUGUUUGCUGAAAGCAAGCAAUAUAAGCUCGCCCUCGACAGAAGUUAACCGAAUUCUUUCGAUGUAUAAUUCUCGAAGCGAAGUAACCGCUGAAUUGCUAAGCCAUAAGGUCAAAUACGAUAUUUCGUGGGGAAAGGUUGCUGAAAGUCUUCAGCGAAGCAAAGAAUGGACAGUUGCUGCAUGUCUUGGACAAAUGAAAAUGAGCCAGGAAGAAGCAACGAAGGUCGCAGAUUUAUUCAAUCUAAAAUCUGAAGCAAUCGCUUGGCUACAAAUUCCACCAUACAAAGGUUCAUCGCAUAUACCUCACGAUCCAUUAUUAUAUCGAAUGCAUGAAGUGCUAUUUGUUUAUGGCGAUGCUAUUAAAGAAAUAAUUAAUGAAGAAUUUGGUGAUGGAAUAAUGAGUGCUAUUGAUUUUAAAAUUAAUGUGGAACGAGAGAAUCAUAGCGAUGGCGAUCGAGUAAAAAUAAUUUGGUCCGGAAAAUUCCUUCCUUACAAGCCAUUUUAA